AAUUCACAUUUUUGAAUUAGAAUUAGACGUGCUCCUCUAUUUCCCGAUAAAAAAAACCCUCCGGCCGCCAACUCCGACAGAUUCGUGGUGCGCUUUCUCCGGAAUAAUCGCUACAUUCAAAUUCAAGUUUUCCGAUCAAAAUCCCUUCGACGGAGGAGUUCGCCAUUACCGGCGGCUUCGCAUUGCUCUUUUUAUCCGAGAUUAUAUAAACAUUCAACUUCAUCCCAGGCUUUGCGGUAUCAUCGAAAACUCCCCAACUGGGAACAGUUUAGCCGUAUUUUGAAGCAGAAGAAAAAAGGGGAGAGGGAAGAUGGACUACAUAUUGAGGACGCUAACAAAGAAGCAAGAAGUGGAUUCCAUAAUUAGAGACACAAUCGACAAAGUUCUUGUCCUCCGUUUCGGCCGAUCUUCUGAUCCUCUUUCUCUCCAGCUUGACGAUAUCCUGUAUAAAUCUGUGAGAGAAGUGUCCAAGUUUGCGGUUGUGGCUUUAGUUGAUAUUGAUUCAGAGGACGUUCAAGUUUAUGUCAAGUAUUUUGAUAUAACCUUAACACCAUCAACCAUUUUCUUCUUCAAUGCCCAUCAUAUGAAGAUGGAUUCUGGGAGUGCAGAUCACACCAAAUGGGUUGGAGCAUUUCAGAGAAAACAAGACUUCAUUGAUGUAGUAGAGGCAAUAUUUAGAGGGGCCAUGAAAGGCAAGCUCAUAGUGACUUGUCCCCUUCCCCCAGACAGAAUACCGAAGUUUCAGUUGCUGUACAAAGAUGUUUAGGAGGAUAAAACUCAGUGUCCGAGGGCCAUUAUUUAUGGACAACUAUAUAACCAUUACUAACCUGUGGAGUAAGUUGGGUGGGUUUUGAAUUAUCACUGAAAUGAGAAAACUCUAUUGAAUUUUUUUUAUCAACGUGAGGAAGUGGAUAGCAGCACAGUGAUGUAGGAGUCAAAUGUGCAGACGUCUUCUUGAAUUAAUGUAAUAUCAGGACAUUUCACUUGGAUAUUUUACUUGCUAGAAAGCCGUAGCAGUCAGAAAGCAUCAAUUUCUGAUGGAGUGGAACGAUGCAAAGUGAUAAAGGUGAAGAACCUUUCUCCCUACUAAUAAAAUUGUCAUGGAAAACAGUUCUAGAAAAACGUUUUUGUCACUGUACUUCUUUAGGGUUGUAGGUUAGGUUGUAGGAAGCUAGUCUAGAAGUGUUUUGUCUUAGGAUGUUAGUGGCUCUUGUUGUGUCCAUAUUAUUCCAUUGUGUAUGUAGUACUGCGCCGUUGUUGUUUAUUAUUACUUUUCUCUCUAUUUUCUGGUUA